GUCAGUCGAGGUUGAAGCGUCGUAGAGAGCGUACAGCACACAUUAACCGAUCUCCCGGCCGAUACACACCCGUCGAGAUACAUUUUGGGCCAUAAUAAUAAAAGUGAAACAAAUGCAGAUCGACGACGACGAUCACGGCUCUGCUCUGUCCGUCCGUCCGUCCGCCUGCCCUGCCUUGCCUUCGCCUUUGUGUUUGUUGUUGUGCCAUAUUCGUGCCCCAUUGUCUCGACGCGACAGGAAAAACUGAGGCAACUGCUGGCUGCUGUUGCGGCAACUGUAACUGCCACUGCAACGUGAAGCACCCGCCCGCUAUUUUGGUGGCAUAUUAGGCAACCCCACAUACGAGUGCCUACGAGUGUGUGUGUGCGUGUGUCGCCGCUUUAUAGGCCAGGCCUCAUGCAAAUUUGAGGCAAUCUUUCGCUUUGCCCCAGCAACAACAUCAGGAAAACACACACACACACAAAAUAAUAAAAGCAGAAAGAGAAACAAACGAGUGCCGCAAUUGCAAAUUGUCUUAAUAGGCGGCUGUUGCCAAUAAAAACGGAUUGAUCGUAAUUGUUUUUUAAAACGAAAUUUAACGAUUCGUUAGCUCGUUCCCUCAGCACGCGUCUCCACCACAUCGUUAAUCGUUAUCCGUUAAUAUUGUGUAAAACGAUCGCGGUUUUGGCGGCCUUCUUGCCAAUCGGUGUUCUCCAAGUGCAUCCAAGCAUCGAUCAUCAAGCGCAACAAGUGAGUGAGAAACAGUCGAUCCAUCGAGUGGAGAGCGAGUCAACGGAAGGAGACAAGCAGUGCAGAGUGCAGUGCAGAGAGACAGACAGAGAGAGCUGCAGCCGGGCAUCGAAAAACAGCCGCAACAUGUUGCCGAGAAUAACUUUGGUGUUCAUCAUCAUUUGUGGAUAUUUAUUAUACACGGAUUGCCGCGAAACGGUCCGUUCGAAGCGAGCCAAACGCCCACGGGCCCCGGAACCGGUCAACUUUGAGCCGGAGCCGCAGCAGGAUCUGGAAAACGAUGAGAGCGGCAGCCAGGAGAAGGAUCUGCCGGAGAUACCAGAGAACUUUCUGAGUCCCUCAGUGCGGGAGUAUCUGGAGCUGGGAAAGUCCAUUCCGGGUCGUCCUGGGGUCGACUAUCCCAUCCUGUCGGCGGUGCCCUACACGAACUUCUACUGCGACGAGCAGGAGUAUCCCGGAUUCUUUGCCGACAUGGAGACCAGGUGCCAGGGCUGGCACUACUGCGACAUCGAUGGACGGCAGGCCUCGUUCCUCUGCCCCAACGGCACCCAGUUCUCGCAGGCCGUCUUCGUCUGCGACUGGUGGUUCAACGUGCGCUGCGAUCUCUCGCCCCGGCUGUACGCCAUCAACGCCCGGCUCUACCAGCGCCCCAAGGUCAACCCCACGCGGCCGCAUCGCAUCAUCACCAAGCAGCUGGUCGAGGACAUCUUCACCUAGGUCCUGGGCCAGCAUCCCCCCCUUGGAUAGCCCCCGUUUGCCGAUGCCUAUUAGAUUGUAGACCUACUCGUCUUAGGCGAGUAGUUAAUCCCUUAGGCUAAGAUUGAGCUUAGAGUUUGUACCUUUACAUUUUAAAGAUCUGAUUAGAUACCAUUCUUUACUUUGACAUCUCAUAUAUCCACAAAUUAAAGAAUUUCCACUCCAAACGCCACCCUAAAUGGAACUCCUAAGCGUAUCUCUGGCAAUCAUAGCUUUCUCCAACUGUUCAACAGCUUUUUCCUCAGCAAUGGUUCUAUAAAUCUCUUCACAUUCGUGUACCUAGAUGCAGAUAUAUUUUAGUUUACUUUUUGCAGGCAUUCCUUGGCUAAGUUGCAUUUUGCUUAAGUUAAGUUCUUAAUUUCUAGUGGGAGUUUCUUUGUAAACUACACGUAU